UAUUAAAUAUAUAUAUAUAUAUAUGCACAUACACACGCAUAUAUUGUUCAUCAUCUUUCGCUUAUCCAAAUUCAACCUCCAUCUAUAUAUAUUAUACAGCACCAAAAGCAGGCUUACUCACCCUUAAAGAUCAUCCAUGGCUUCCAGCGCUGAUCCUAAGUCCGACCAGGAAUACGGCAAGGGAGCCCCACCCAGACCAGAUGCUCCAGCCGUCGUGAACUUUUUCGCGAUUGAUGUGGCCCUCAGGGUGUUGCUAUUUGCCGCGGCGGUGACGGGUGUCGUGGUUAUGGUCACCAGCAAGCAAACGAAGUGGACUCCAGGCCUUGGAGAUCGCGACGCCAAGUUCAAGCACUCCCCUGCUUUUAUAUACUACGUGGUGGCACUGUCGAUCGCUGGCCUUUAUGCUCUCAUUUCAAUAUUGGCAUCAAUCUCGGUUCUUUCCAAACCUAACUUCCAAACUAAAUUCCUCCUCCAUUUUGCAUUCUUGGAUGUGUUGAUGUUGGGCAUAGUAGCAUCAGCAACCGGGAGUGCUGGUGGGGUUGCAUAUGUGGGGUUGAAAGGCAACAAGCACGUUGGUUGGAUUAAGGUGUGCUCCACUUACGACAAGUUUUGCCAACAUUUGGCAGGCUCCCUUGCUGUCUCCUUGUUUGCCUGCGUCCUGCUUGUCUUUCUCACCUGGCUCUCCAUCUUCUCCCUUCACGCUCGGAUCCACAAGUAGAAAUCCAAAAUCUGGCCACAAAAGUUCAGAAAGAAAUUGUAUUUUGUAUAGAAUCUCAACGUUUGCUGUUUGUGUAUUAUAUUUAGGGGCUUCUGCAUUUUAAAUGUUGUCCAGUAUUACUUGUGUAGUACUUACUUUCUGCUGCCUAUCUUGUUUUUCUCUGUAACUAGUUUUUAAUUAUAAGUGGUUGCU